AUGCAUAGCACUUUUCCAGUGUUCAUUCGGGUCAUCCUUUGCGGGCGUGCCAGCCUACCUCAUGUGGCAUUGAGUGAUUGCCGCAUGAAGGAUGGCAAGGACGUGAAUGUGCUGAAGGUCUUAAAGAAAGAUGCCAAGCUUCGACAGACGCAUGGCAUUGCUGAUGCAGAUGAUGGUGUGCUGUCCCAGAAGCACGGCGGUGCCGCAGGCGGUGCCACGCGGGAGUCCGGGAAGGCUGCGGGAAAGCCGGUGCCACCGGCGCAUCAGUUCUUCGUGAGCCAAAACUGGAAGACCUUGAUCCAACGACGUCCGGACGUCGCCCCCAAGGCAAAGAAGGAGGCCCUUGGGCAGAAGGUCCUUGGCAUCGGAGAGAAUGUGGUGGCCAUGGAUUGUGAGAUGGUGGGUGUUGGCCCCAACGGCACCAGAUCCGUGCUGGCUCGGGUGUCGAUCGUGGAUUCCGAAGGGAAGGUGCUCCUCGACAAGUAUGUGAGACCCAAGGAGCGGGUCACGGACUUCCGGACGCCGAUCACCGGCAUCACGGGGAGCAGCUUGUUCCGGGAGGGCGUCAUCUCCGAGGACGAGGCACGGGAGUUGGCCGCAAAGGCCAUGGACGGUAAGAUUGUGGUGGGUCACUCCUUGCAGAACGACUUCCAGGCCCUUCUGCUCUCACACCCCCAUGUGCUCAUCCGCGACACUUCGGUGUACCGGCCUUUGCGGCCACCGGGGCAGAAGAAGACCCCGUCCCUGCGGAAGCUGGCGGAAUAUUGGCUUCAAGAGAAGAUUCAGGAGGGAACACAUGAUUCAAUUCAAGAUGCCAAGACUGCUUUGCGCCUCUACAUGCUGAAGAGCAAGGCGUGGGAGAAGCAGAUGCGGAGUGCGAUGCAGCACCAUACCAGCAUCGAUGACGAAGAAGAUGAUGGUGAGAAGGUCGACCGUACUUCCCUGUCCGGUGCCAAGAAGAAGGUGAAGAAAGGGCCUAAAGCCAAGAAAAAGAAAGUUGAUUUCCCCACUGGUGAGGUUGCAAAGGCAACCAAGAAGAAAAAGAGGAAGAGAGCAGUUCCGAGGUAA